AGUGAAGUCUGCUGGAGUGUGCACCCUGUGCGGACUCUCUGAGGGACGGAAGUAAGUCCACCUCGGGCCCCUCGUGGACUUGAUGUGCUGUGCAGGUUUGGACCGCUCUCAGAACUCGUGGACUUCCCGGGAACGCGCCCGUUAAGUCAGCGAGUCUGCACGAGCGGUGGAGUCCGGACACUGGGAUUCAGCCAUCGACUUCAAAUCUGACUCAAUUACAGUCAACUACGAUGGCCAAGCUCCAGGGCUUUGAGUUCUGGAGGAAUACCCUGAAAGGAGCAAGCUUUGUGGUGGCACCCAUGGUGGACCAGAGCGAGCUGGCCUGGCGCCUGCUGAGCCGCCGGCAUGGUGCCCAGCUCUGCUACACCCCCAUGCUACAUGCCCAGGUAUUUGUCCGUGACGCCAACUACAGGAGAGAAAACCUCUACAAUGAGGUUUGUGAGGAGGACAGACCUCUCAUCACACAGUUUUGUGCCAAUGAUCCAGCGGUGUUUCUUGAGGCGGCUCUGCUGGCCCAGGACUACUGCGACGCUAUCGACCUCAACCUGGGCUGUCCGCAGAUGAUAGCUAAGAGAGGGCACUAUGGAGUCUUCUUACAAGACGAAUGGGAGCUGUUGGAGAAAAUGAUCAGGCUGGCCAAUGAAAAGCUGUCCGUGCCCAUCACAUGUAAGAUCCGUGUGUUCAAGGAGAUCGACAGGACAGUCCGCUACGCCCAAAUGCUGGAGAAAGCUGGAUGUCAGCUGCUGACAGUGCAUGGCAGAACCAAAGACCAGAAAGGAGCCAUGACAGGUAUCGCUAGCUGGGAGCACAUCAAGGCCGUACGGCAGGCAGUUAAUAUUCCAGUGUUUGCUAACGGCAACAUCCAGCACCUGAGUGAUGUGGAGCGCUGCAUUCAGGAGACGGGGGUGCAGGGAGUUAUGAGUGCAGAAGGGAACCUCCAUAACCCAGCACUGUUUGAGGGCCGCAACCCCCCAGUGUGGGAGAUGGCUGAGGAGUAUCUAGAGGUGGUGAAGAAGUAUCCUCCCUGCACUCUGUCCUAUGUACGAGCCCACCUCUUCAAGCUCUGGCACCACACGCUACAGAUCCACCAGGACCUGAGGGAGGAGUUGGCCAAGGUGAAGAACCUCGAAGGUUUGGCUGAUGUCAGCAAAAAGCUGAGGCUGCGCUGCCAGGAGGAGAUAGCCAAAGGGAAGGAUGUGGAGGAGAAGGAGAGCAGCCUGCCCUUCCCCCAUUGGAUCUGCCAGCCAUACGUCAGACCACUGCCAAAGGAGCCAGUUGCCAACGGUAACAGCCAGGGUUCAGAGGUGAAGAAGACUGUGUGUCAGAAGAGAGCGCUGGAGGACUCUGAUGGAUCUGCCGAAACACUCUCCAAAAACAAGCAGAAGAAGAGAUCCCGCAACCCCAACAAGAACUUCUGUCCCGAGCAGAAACCCAAGUACAUCAAAUGUGACCAGUGUGGGAACCCAAAGGGAAAUAAAUGUGUCUUCAACCUGUGUCGAGGCUGCUGUAAGAAAAAGGCCUACAAGGAGGUGGCAGACUGUCCGAGUCACGGGCUGAGGUUCAAGACCAAGGCAGAGAAACGGAAAGCUGACGAGGAGAACGGGAAGGACGUCUCAGCGACAGAGACAGAGGAAAUCAACAGCUCGCCUCCAUCCGUCCCACAGUCAAGUACAGAGCCGCAGGAGCAGUCACAGGCACAUCUGCCACUAUGAGCAGGACUACGGCUAUCUCUACAUGCACAGACCAUACUGCUGUUAAUACGGUUCUGAGCUGUCACUCUUAAAAGUCAGACUAACCCAGUUAAGGUCAGUUUAUUUCAGAUGUUCGUCAUAGUAAAGAUCAGUACAGGAAGGCUGUUGUGUGGACCUGCUUCCAUUCAUUUUGCUGGUGAUGAACACAACGAAUAAGUUCUUGUGUUUAUUCAGGUAAAAGAAAGGUGCAAUUAGAGGGUAAAAACUUCAGGUAAGCAGGUUAGUGUGUGCAUGUAGAGGUAACCAAUGAUUAGUCAGGACAUUGUACAGGAAAGUAUACACCGCUGCUAAAUAACCUCAAUGACAGUUGUUCUCCAGGAAGCAACUGGAGAACAGCUGUACCGACAUUGAUCACCAAACCAAAACCAUAAAGUAAAAAGAAAUAUUUUUUUAUAUCAUGUGGGUUUCCAGAACAAUAAUUAGAAUCUUCUCGGCAGGAGAGUCGGGACACGACAAUGAAUUAGUUCUCGACUAAUUCUGUCAUUUUAUUAUUAUUAUUUUUUUAUAAGAAAGAUUGUGUGAGGAUAAGUUUUGGACAUUUAUUUUGGUCCAAGUUGUUAUUGGGCCACCAAAGUGUAAAGGCUGGCUUUCUGUCAGACUGAUGCAGAAAAUACCUGACAGAUUUUACUGCUUUCAUUUAAGGUCUUGAAUGUAGUUGCAUCUUCAACUGACUAGUUCAACUAUUUAUUUUUGGGGGUUUUAGGUUUGCCUGUAGUGCAUUGACUGUAUGUGCCUUUUGAUGAGAAAUACCACUGCCUAUCUAGAUAUGAACUUAUGAGCUCAUUAGAGGAAAAAAGGGAGAGGAAGAUCAAAGUGGUGCUCCGUCUGCUGUUGUCUGAGAGUCUGAGCUCAGUGACGACCUUUGGAAAUGAACACCACGACAAAUAGGUUAUUCAUCUUACAGCCAGAUAAGCUCAUUAUCUAAGUGUUUAGCCUAGCUUAGCCUAGCUUAGCACAAAGAUUAGAAGCUAGCCGAGCUCCAUCAAAAGUGAAAAAUACAAACUUUGUUUACACAUUGAACUUGUGCAUCAGACAACCUUUGGGUGUGUUGGUGACUACCUUUUGAUGGAGGCUAGCCUUUUCCUGUGGUUCUAGUUCCGUGCUAAACUAACCUAAAGAUUUAACAUCUCUGUACUGAGCGCACAGACAGGUACUAAGUUCAGCAUUUUGGCAAAUACACUCAUUUGCUUUUUUGCCCAGAGCUGGAGUAAAAGACUGGUGCCACCCUCGUCUGUAUGGAAGUCAUGUAGCUUAGCUUAGCUUAGCACAAAGACUGCAAACAGGGGCAAAUAGCUAGCCUCUGUCCAGAGGUAACAAAAUCCACUGGAGCUGGUUGGCAUGUUUUGUUACUUUGGGACUUUAGGCUGCCGGUCAUAUAUCAGGAAAAAUACACUCCUUUUCAAACUAAAAGCUCACUUAUCCAAGAUAACUUCAUCAAGAUCCAUCCAACAGAUCAUAACUGUAUUGUUAUCCAGAUAGGAGUUAACUAGAUAUUUUGAGCUCCUUUCCAUUAGUCUGGAAUAACUAAACAACAUACACUGGUCAACUUGUUUACUUCUAUUUUUUAUUUUUUUUUAAUUCAAAAAAUCAAUCCUCCAUUUCAUAGUAAAGUAAAAUGCUAACAAAACUCUUCCACCACGUUAUUAUCACCUUCUUAAAUAUAGGAUGAAAAGGUGAUGGUAAGUGAGGUCUUAACUAAAACUACACUGCUUUUAGAGAGAUGAAGGGAACCAGCAUGUUUUACAGUGCAAUGGGUAUUUUUAGACAGAUUUUAGCAUACUUUUUCUAAAUUUGGCAAUUCUAAGGUAAAUGCAAUGAAAUAAAUUAUUCUGUAUUUCUCCACGAGAGUUUUAUUCUUGGCUGCAGAGAGAAGGAUUUGAAACAGCAGUAUUUUGGAAAUAAAGUCAAAUGCUUUUUUCAUUAUUAUUAUUAUCAUUAUUGCUUUUUUUUUGCAGGGGCAGGCUGUUUUGAUGUAAGUGUACUUAAGUUCCUCUGACAGGGCUCUGGAGAUAUGUCAGACUAAAAAUGCUGAUGAACCACUGUUUAAGGAUGUGAAGAGAUAUUGCUGGCUGAAGCAUCCACUGUUUCUCAUGCUCAACCUCCUCUUUGCUCGAGUUAUCGGUUAUGAUGUUUUGAUAUAUUUUAAAAAAGCAUUUUUAAAUUAAGAACAAAGUGCUCCACCGACACAUUUUUAUCAGCAUGAAGUGAUGACUAAUAAGGCAAUAAUCAGCAGCAUUUGAAGCUGCUUAUCUUAACACUCAGCAGAGCCUUCAAAAUUUGUGAUAUCAGUCUUUGCUUUAUCUAAAUUGGGAGGUUAGUGAGCUGACUGAUAAUUCAGGCCUCGGCUUUUUAUUUGCAGGUUUUUUUCUCCUGUAAUUAAAUCCUUGUGCUACACUG